AUGAUAGCAAAUCAACCAACCACAACUACAUCCUCCUCUUUAGAAGACACCAACUCAACAAUUGAUAUUGUUGUUGUUGGUGCUGGUCCAGUCGGAUUGUGGACUAGUUGUCAAAUUAAACUUUUAAAUCCCAAGUUAAAUAUUCGAAUCUUGGAGAAACAUGAAGAAUAUAAAAGAAGUCAUGUGGUUGUUUUGCAUCAUAAAUCUUUGGAAGGACAUGUUGCUCAUCCUACUUUAAACAAUUUCAGAAAAGAAGUUACUGAAAAUACGAAAAUUAGGACGAAUAGAAUUGAGCAAACUUUGUCGAAUCUUUGUAAAGAAUUGAAUAUUGAAAUUUUUAAAAAUUUCAAUGUGAAUGACAUGAAAUCUAUUGAAAGCAUGUUUCCUAAUGCAAGAUUUAUUAUUGGGGCUGAUGGUUCUCAUAGUACAGUGAGAGGGGCUGUUUGUGGAGGCGAAUUGGAGUAUACGAAACAUUUCCACACUCUCGUUGAGGUGAAAUAUGAAGCCAUUGGGCAAACCAAAUCUCUAAAUACAGUCAUGUUCGGCUACCCAACCAUGAAACUGAUUGGAUUUAUAGUCUUUGAACUUAUUGGAAAGGUCAAUAAGGAAGGAAACACUCCAGUCACCUUACAAUUCUUUGUAGAUGAAGAAUUGGGUAAUCAAAUCAAGAAUGCCACUUUCAAAAACCCACUCAUGUUUGAUAAAAACAGACAUGAGCUCCCUGAUGAAGUAAGAAAUGCAGUAGAAACUUGGAUCGCUAUUCGAAAGAAGGCAUGUGAUGAAAAUGCAGAGAUGAGCUCCAUAAAAAUCACGACAACCAAAUUGGCAGCCUAUGCAAGUAAUACAUUUGUGAAAUGCUCAAAAUCAGGUGGACCAACUUAUUGUUUGGUUGGUGAUGCAGCCUUUGGGAUGCCCUUUUUUAGAAGUUUGAAUAAUGGCAUGUUAUGUGGAACUGAACUAGCUCAAGCAAUUUCACUUGACUUUGCUGGAAUGAAAAAGAAAGAGUCAAUUUUCAAAUCAUUAGGAACAAAGAUUUCAGGUGUUGUUUCUCAACAAAUUGGUGGAAGAACUUCACCUUCCGAAGGUCCCGUUUCUGAUACUAUGGUUGAAUAUGCAAAUUAUGUACGAAUGUUGGAACAGAAAGAGUAUAAUUUAGCAAAAAUCAAGAGCUCAGGUCUAGUUGCAUUUAGAAUGUUCACUCGUGUGAGCUCUAAAGUGCCAUGGCAAACGAACAAAUUUUCACAGGAAGAAAUAGAUGAAAUCAAUAAGUGUAAGAAUUCGUAUAGUGAUGAUAAUCGAGUUAGCUCGUUGAUGGACUCUCUUUAACAACAUAAACAUGUAACACACAGUAAACAGCUACCGUAGUUUUUCGC